UGAGGCGCCAUAUUGGAUAGCGCGGCGUCGGAACUGUUGUUAACUUUUUGUUUGUUUAUUUAUUUUAGUGGUAGAGGUAGUCAUGCAGAGAAGCGUAGAAAUUUGGUUUCAAAGUGCGCCCUUAAUUCGUGUUGGGGCUGCUGUUUCAGAAUGAGGAGUUGAUUGAUUGCCAUUAUAACAGAAAUGUCACCAGUUACUGAAGCACAAAAAAUUCAGCAGCGGAAAGAUUCUGCAGCUUAUCCCCAGGGAGUGAGGUGUCAAAAAUGCCUCGAGUAUGGCCACUGGACAUACGAAUGUAAGGGCAAACGCAAGUACCUCCACAGAUCAUCGAGAACAGCAGUGUUAAGAAAAAGACUUAAAGAAAAGACUGAAAAUGCUGAAACAAAUUCAGAAGAAAAUACUCAGAAGAAAGAAGAAAAAGUUCAGAAAAGAAAAAAGAAAAAGGACAAACCUGCUAAACAAGAUACCGAAAAAUCGUCAGAAAGUUCAUCGGAGGAAAACGAUUCCAGUAGUAGCAGCAGCAGCAGUAGUAGCAGCACUGAGAGGAGCAGCAGCAGCAGCACAAGCAGCAGCAGUAGUAACAGUAGCUCAAGUAGUGACAGUGAGAAGAGCAGUGGGGAUAGCAGUAGCGACAGUGACAGUAGUGACUCAGAGGAGAGCGACAGUGGCAGUAGUAGUAGUAGUAGUAGUAGCAGCAGUAGCACCUCCAGUAGCAGUGGCAGCAAUAGUGAUACUGACACUGGUGCAGUUUCCUCACAGCAGCCAGCAAAUGGCACAGAUAAUGAAUGUCAGAAAUCCAAGAAACAUCAUUCCAAAUCAAAAAAAUCAGGAUCUAAAUCCAAGAAUGAUUCACCAGAAUCUAAAUCCAAGAACAUUUCAUCAGAACCUAAAUCGAAGAAUGUUUUAUCUGCAGUGUCCAGUAAAAAAUCAGGAGCACACAGAUCGAGGAGUGAUUCGUGAAUAUUGCCAAGAACUUAUGUGAUUUUCUUUAAAACAUGAAAAAAAUAAUUGUUAUAUAUGGAAAUGCCGAUAAAGCGGCAUUAGAGUAAAUUACUUUUACUCACCGUCCAAAUUUUGAGAUUUUUACUGAGUCCCAUAUUUGCUUUGGUAUUCAACUGCUCAACAAAUAUUUAACCUGGUGAGAAAUUGCUUUUUCAGUGCAUGAGCUCAGAAUCUGACAUGAGAUUCUGUACAUUUCAUAAAUAAUUUCGUUUUGCGGUUAAAUGUACAACUCUAGUUUCUGUAGUUGUGUACCACAUUGGGCUUCAUUUGAAUUUGUUCAUUCAAUAUAUAUAAUCAGUUUGUAUAUGGAAUCUAAUGUCUUUUAAGAGAUUCUUGUUUUGAAGUUUGUUUAGAAACUGCUGUAACUUGCUCAUAGCUUGAGCUAUAUCCACAUGGGUCAAUGAAGCUGAAAUAUUUUGGUCAUUUAGGGCCAAGUUAUUUGCCUGUGUCUCUUUGAGAUCCAGAUACCUUUGUGUUAUGUGGGAUGUUAUAACUUAUGUAUUUUUAUUCUGUAUUACUCAUAAUUUGACUAAACUGUCUGUGCAGUUAUUGCUAUUUUUUCAGAAUUUGGACAACAAAAUUGAUUUUUUAAUUUGAUUAAAAUAGCUUUAUGUUUGAUGAUUCAGUUAGUGAACCUGCCACGAUAGUGACUAUUUCCGGAACAGUGGAUGUGUGCAAGCCCUGAAUCGAGUCCGCUUCACGGAUUGAAUCGGAUCUGCUUCACAGACUGAUGAUGGGAGCUGGUACGCUGACUAGCCUGGAUGUGGUUUUUAGGUGUUUGCCAUAUCCUCCUAGGUAAAUAAUGGACUACAUCCCACCUCAGAUACAUGAUGAACAAAUACUUUGAAAAAUGGCGUCACAUUUCAUCAUGUGAUUACAGUAGAUACAGACAGAUGGGAUACAUGGGUUACUCUGAGGGGGAAGGGCCUGUGUGGGGAAGCUGGCAUUAGCUUUCAAAUACCUUUGGGAGUGGUGACCCCAUCACAAUAAUAGCCUGUAUACAGGUAUGGUUGGUCUCUGUGAGAAAAUUGAAGUACCGUAGCAGUCCCAGUCCAUUAUUGAUUGGAUAAAGGGCAUCAGAAAGGAUGGAAACAUUCAGUGAGUCAAGAGACAGGGCUACCUCCGGCACUUUCUCAAGUGCCACAUGCUUGAUGCAUUGCCUGUUUUUAUAAGUACAUGCAUAGCCUUGUCAAGCAUGGCUGGCUGCACGGUGGCAAUGCUGCGUUCUCUAUUGCAAGCUGUCAGUUACAAAGUUACUUUAUCUGAGGUGUAGCUUUAUGAUUUACUUUCCAUGAAGAUAUGUCAAUCUUUUUUUUUUUUCUUUUUUUUUUCAUUAGGCUUUUUAUUAAUACAAAUGGAGCUGCUCUUUUACUUAUGUACCAUAGCUGUUCGGUUUUUUUCCUUCCUGUUAGAUCAUAGCUGUUGUGACUUUUGAAAUACAAAAAUUUUCAGUCUCACCAGAGUGUAAACUGUUUCUGUUAAUUGUACAAAGAAGAUGUUACACUUUUUUUUAAUCGUUUAACUAUGUGAGGAGUAACAGUGUUCAAGAAUUGGGCCACUUGAACACUUUUUGUAAAGGUGGAUGAAGGAAUCAUCUCAGAGGUUACAAACCGUAAUUUAGGUAUAUCAGGAAACCUGAGUGAAAAUUGCUGUACUGAAAUCUCUAAGGGCUCCUUAUUCUGUCUGGAGCACUGUAUCACCACAUCGUUCUGUCCACUAAGAUAAAAGAAUAAAUGGAAUGAUAUGUUGUGAAGCGAUAUGACUUUAAAUUCCACGUUUUUGCACCUGAGUGUGAGAUUUAUUAUACCAAGUCAGUGAUGCAAAUGAUAUAGUUGUGAGGCCCACUGUUUGAGUAUGUAUGAGCACUUUCAACUUAUGUCAACGGCCUUCCAUAUCAGCCUCAGCUGAUGCAAGUGUAAAUAAAAAUAGUGUACCACC